CAAAGCGUCUGCCUGGAAUUUCCAUUGCUUAUGAACGCACCAGUUUGCUCCGGAAAUGUUUCGUGUUAUUGUUGUUGUGAGCGAUUAGCAUGGGCAUCUACAUGUCAAAACGUUUCAAUAGAAGGUUGCUGUAGCUCUUUCCAUAAUGAACUUUGAGGGUCUCGACCCUGGGAUGGGUGAAUACCAAGCCAGCCUUCACGGGACUCUGGAGGCAGGCCUGGAGCCCACCUUGGACCCACACCUCAACCCAAACCUGCUGCAGGGUGUGGAGCUUGACCCGGAGGGGCUCACCGUGACAGUCCCCGAGCCUGUGCACCUGAUGGAGGGAGUGUUUUCUGAGCUCCAUAGCGUGGUCUCAGAAGUUGGCAUCCCAGUCACAGCAACCCACUUUGAUCUUCAGGAGGAGAUGCUCUGGAUGGGGAACCACAGAGGACAUGCUACCUCGUACUUCGGGCCUACAAUGGGCCGCCAUUCUUCUUUCCAAGUGCAUGCCACAGAUGACAUCCGACAUGUUCAGAGUCUAGAGACGGGAGUGUUGUUUCUUUCUAAGAGCAACCUCAAAUGCUACACUCGUGGAGGCCUUGUUAUGUUUGAUUACCCGAUGGAGGAAGGAGCUGAUAUGCAUAGUCUUCUCAUGACUGAUAACAACACUCUGCUCAUGGGAGGAUUACAGAACUACGUUGUGGAAGUUGACCUGAAUACGGUUCAAGAAACUCAGAAGUUUACAGUUGAGACACCCGGAGUGGCAAUAAUGCAUCAAACGAGCCGUUUCUUCUUCUGUGGGCACACCUCCGGCAAGGUUACCCUUCGUGAUCUUCGCACUUUUAAGACGGAAAACGAGUUUGAUGCGUUCUCCGGCAGCUUGUCAGACUUCGACGUUCAUGGAAACCUUCUGGCUGCUUGUGGUUUCUCCAGUCGGGGGCUGAAUGGUUUGGCGUGCGACCGUUUCUUGAUGGUGUACGACCUACGCAUGAUGCGAGCUGUUACUCCACUUCAGGUGCAUGUGGAUCCCCUCUUCCUGCGCUUCAUUCCCACCUACACAUCUCGCCUUGUGAUCAUCUCGCAGACAGGUCAGUGUCAGUUCUGUGAGCCCACUGGUCUUGCCAAUGUGGCAGACAUUUUCCACAUCAACACCGUGGGUCAGCUGCUCAUGAGCUUUGACGUUUCAUCGAGCAAACAAGCCUUGGCCUUUGGGGAUUCAGGGGGCUGUGUGCACCUGUGGUCUGAUGUCCCAGAGGUCUCUUUCAAUGACUACUCUCGGGAGACAGAUUUUCCUCUGCCCUGCCUUGUGGACACGUUGCCUCAGCUCGACUGGAACCACGACCUCCUGCCCCUCUCUCUCAUCCCAAUGACGCUGACAAGCACUGAACCUCUCCUGUCAGAUUGGCCUGCUGCCCUGUCUACCUCAAGUCCAAGACGAGCUCCUCCAGUGGACCCAGAAAUCCUGCGCACCAUGAAAACUGUCGGUUUCAUCGGCUAUGCACCGAAUCCUCGUACACGUCCUCGAAACCAGGUUCCCUAUAAAAUUAAAGAUGUGGAGCUCGAUUAUGAUAAUUACAACCAGGUUCCAGAGUCACCCAUUGGACGUGACGAAGAGCCUCACCUCUGCAUGGUGCCCAAGAAGUAUAGGAAGGUCACAAUUAAAUUCUCCAAACUUGGACUGGAGGACUUUGACUUCAAACAUUACAACAGAACUUUGUUUGCUGGCCUCGAGCCGCACAUCCCCAACGCCUACUGUAACUGUAUGAUUCAAGUCUUAUAUUUCGUGGAGCCAAUCAGGUGUCUGGUGCAGAAUCAUUUGUGUCAGAAGGAGUUUUGCUUGGCCUGUGAGCUGGGUUUCCUCUUCCAUAUGUUGGAUUUGUCACGAGGAGAUCCGUGUCAGGCCAGUAACUUCCUCCGAGCAUUUCGUACCAUCCCUGAAGCCUCGGCUCUGGGUCUGAUCCUCGCAGACUCGGAUGAGCAAACUGGGAAGGCCAAACUGGGCCGCUUGAUCCAGAGCUGGAAUCGCUUCAUCCUCACCCAACUUCAUCAGGAGACUCAGGAGCAGGAGGGUCCGCAGGCCUACAGGGGAGCCAGCAGCAGCUCUCUGGGUUCCUCUGCUGAGUCUGUGAUCGGAAAGCUGUUUGGCUGUGAAGUUGAGAACAGCAGUCUGUGCCGCUGUGGCAAGGAAACGGUGCGUUCCUCCCUCACCUUGCUCUUCACCAUGCAUUAUCCAGAGCAGAACUCUCAGGAUAAAACAAUAAAGGAGUAUGACUUUGCUGAGAUUCUGAAGAAAAGCAUUUGUUUGGAACAGAACACUCAAGCAUGGUGUGAAAACUGUGAGAAGUAUCAGCCUACAGUGCAAACCCGCAACAUAAGGUGUCUGCCGGACGUCCUGGUCAUAAACUGUGAGGUAAACAGCGCCAAGGAGGCUGAGUUCUGGAAGGUUCAGGCAGAGUAUGCGUACAAUAAGGCCAUGCAGAAAGAGGCAAUGGAUCCUGCAAAGCAUACUGAGCCACCACCCAUGCCUACAGAGUGGUGCUUAGACGAGGAGGAGAUCUGCACCACGGAGGGCUUCACCUUUGACACUCGGGCCGAGGAUCUCCGGCACGUCUGGAUCCCCACUACAAUCAAGAUGUCUAUCAGCAAAAGUCAGGGCCUGGAGAUGAGCAGCUGGUCCGAAGGAGACGAAAUAAGCGCUGCUGAAGAAGCAGAGGGGGUUUCCCUCUACGACCUUGUGGUCACAGUGCCCCACAUCCAGGACACUCGUACAGGCGGAAACCUGGUUGCACACAUCAAAGUGGGUGAGACGUACCAUCAAAGAAAAGAGGGAGUCACACACCAGCAGUGGUACCUCUUCAACGAUUUUCUAAUUGAACCCAUUGAUAAGACUGAAGCUGCGCAGUUUGAUGUCAGCUGGAAAGUUCCAGCCAUCCUCUAUUAUGCCAAGAGGAACUACCACUCCAAAUAUGAUCUCCGCAUUAAAAAUCCCAUAGAUGCCAGUGUACUGCUGACGGAGGCCUCGCUGGCUCGGAAGCAGAGGAAAAGUCACGCCACGUUCAUCCCCCUCAUGGUCAGUGAAAUGCCGCAGGCAGGGGACCUGGUGGGGCUUGACGCGGAGUUUGUAACACUCAACCAGGAAGAGGCAGAGCUGCGCAGUGACGGCACCAAGUCCACCAUUAAACCCAGUCAGAUGUCUGUAGCCAGGAUCACCUGUGUGAGGGGUCAGGGGUCCAACGAGGGGGUCCCCUUCAUCGACGAUUACAUCUCCACUCAGGAGCAGGUGGUCGACUAUUUGACACAGUAUUCCGGCAUCAAACCAGGAGAUCUGGAUGCGAAAAUCUCCUCGAAGCAUUUGACCACCCUGAAGUCCACGUACCUGAAGCUGCGCUUCCUCAUCGACACUGGGGUUCGCUUCGUCGGUCAUGGUUUACAGAAGGACUUUCGGGUGAUUAAUCUCCUGGUCCCAAAAGAUCAAGUCAUUGACACGGUCUACCUGUUCCAUUUGCCACGCAAGAGAAUGAUUUCUUUGAGAUUCCUCGCUUGGUAUUUUCUAGAUCUCAACAUUCAAGGGGAAACCCAUGACAGCAUAGAGGACGCACGCACCGCCCUGCAGCUGUACAGGAAGUACCUGGACCUCAGUCGAGGAGGUGGGAGCGACAAAGUAAGGAAGGUCCUGAAGGGACUCUAUGAAAAAGGCCGCCAGCUGGACUGGAAAGUCCCAGAUUCGGAUACUGGAGAUGGUCAAGGUGCUGCUGUGUUUCCCGCUGUGAUGGGGCUCUGAGCUGCUCUGUGACCUACAACCACACUGGAUGUGCUGACAUCGGUCCACUCAUUUUAUACUUAUUUGCAUUUCUUUGUGCAUUUUGUACAGCGGUAUUGGAGGUUUGUACAGUCCACCUUUAGCUGAAUCGGUGACCAAACAGUUUCACUCAUUUAAACAUUAUUUCAACAUAAAAGUUUAACGUUAAAUAAAUUGACUUUAUGUUAUACCUA